AUGAGCAGAUUUGGUGAUUCGUUAAACGUUGAUUUGGCUGCUGCAGUGAACAACCUCUUCAAUAUUCCUGAAACAAUGGAAAAGUUCAUGUUUCCUUCGUCUCGUGCUCAUGACCACCAUGAGACCAGAGGAGUUUCUAGCAUCAUUCCAGUGGACAUUUUGGACACUCCCAAGGAAUUUAUAUUCUUCAUGGAUGUUCCUGGUCUCUCCAAGUCUGAAAUUCAGGUGACAGUUGAAGAUGAGAACACACUUGUAAUACGAAGCAGUGGGAAGAGGAAACGACAUGAUGGAGAAGAUGAAGGGUGCAAGUAUCUUAGGCUGGAGAGGAGAGGGCCACAGAAUUUGCAGAGGAAGUUCCGUUUACCUGAGAAUGCCAAUGUGUCGGCAAUUACAGCUAAAUGCGAAAAUGGGGUUCUGACUGUAGCUGUUGGGAAGCACCCUCCUCCUCCAAAAUCCAAAACUGUUGAAGUUGCUAUUGCUUGA